CAAAAUUCAUCAUUUGCGCUACUGCUCUUGCACAGCCUGCAAUUGUGAUAUAUGAAAAGUAAAAGACCAGAUAGAGACUUUUACCAUCAUCCACGGUACAGAUUAGCCGCUGAAGACCAUGGAGAUUCCCGUAAUGUCAGAGUUACCCGAACUGUUCCUGUAGCUGCAGAACCACCUAGCUACCAUAGAGAUGGGAUUAAUUCAUUGCUUGAACACCAUCCCUCACAAAAAUCUUUUAGUAAUGAGACGAAAAACGGUCGCCGUCUCCAGGAUCGUGAAAACACGAAUAAACUAAGAUCUGAUAAUCACUCUUCUGCGUCGGGUUUAGUUCCGAGACCUGCAGACGCCAACACAAAACCACUUAUUACUGCACCACCCCAGUUUAACAGUUCAAGAUCUGUAACUAGUAAUAAGCAGUAUUCUUCCAAACCAAGGCAGGAAUCUUUUGCCCCAAAUGAUGAUGUACAGAAUUCACGUUCACUCAGAAAUACCACUGUAAAUUCGACACCAGAAAAUUCUACGGAAAAACAUGGCGGACUUAUCCUUUUACCAAAAGAUGUGGACAUAUUUCAACAGAAUACUCAAAGCUCCAGGAAUCCUCGGCGUGAACCAGUUCGUUCUGAUUCGUCCAAACCAGUUGUUGUUGUCCGUCCGAGCUUCUCUAAUCCAUACAUUCAUCCUAAAACUACCAGCACCAGAUUAGAUUCACAAGGAGUUGACGAGUCAAAAUGUACCAGUCAAUGUAAACAGAGAUCAGACAAUGAUAUGAGUUCACACAAUUUUGCCAACGAUACAUCUUCCGAAUCAUCUGCUACUGCUGUUUUACCGGUCCCAUGGACUGAUGCUGCAAAAGCUGCAUUCUAUCAGUUUUUCAAAACUCAAACAAAAUUCAAUCCAUCUUCACCUCUUCAAACUGAAAGACAAUCGUCAAUACACCAUGUCGGUAAUCAACCUAAUUGUUUGUCUCCAGGAUCAACAGUUGUACAGCCUCCAAAUGAAACAAUCGCAUCAACUAUGCAACAAAUUGUUCAACUUGAUGCUACUCUAUCAGCUUUACUUAUUCCACCUGGUUUGUGCGCACAAUCCAUGGUGUUAUUUGAACCAUUACAGUCGGAUCCGGAAUUAGGCAGAGAAUGGACUGAAUGUGAAGCAUUAUUUUUACGUUGGUGGGGUACAGUGAAACGAUUACGUGAAAGUUUAUUUUUAUUAUUUGAAAGUGUCAUAGUUGCAGAUUUGGAUUUUUGUAAUACAGCACAUGUUGAACAAGGUAUGUGGAAGUCGGUAUUUUAUACUGUUUUGGAAUCAUUACGUUCAUGGAUUGAAAAUCCACAAUCUACACAGUUAAUUCCUAAAACAGUUAAAGAUCCUGAGACAAUAAAACUUCUUCAAAGUCAGUUAGUGAAUCUUAUACAAAAAAUUUGCCUCUCUGAAGUGAUCGAUUCUGGAUCGAAUCAAUUAACUUGUCUACUUGAACGUAUACAAAAUAUACAUCAUAUUCAACUUGCUCCAUUACUGUCAGAUGGUAGACCACCGCCUGAAACUAAAUCACGUACUCGACGCUUAGUUUAUUUAAGUGCUCAAAAAUUAAUGUUAUUUCUUGGUGAUUUAGCUCGUUAUAGAGAAACUUUACUUGGUGAACGUAAUUUCGGUAAAGCACGAAAUUGGUAUCAAAAAGCUCAAUUGUUAGUGCCGAAAAAUGGACGUUCAUAUAAUCAAUUAGCUGUUUUAGCUUUGUAUACUUCUAGGCAUUUAGAUGCAAUGUUCUAUUAUAUGCGUACUCUUGCUGCGAGUAAUCCAUUUGCAACAGCAUCACAAAGUUUAGCAGCUUUAUUUAAUGAAAUACGACCACGUGCUCAAAAUAUGAUUAUGCAA